GGUCUGGAUACUAAGUGGGGCGACAUCGAGCAAUGGAUGGAAGACAGUGAGCGUUAUUCCCGUAGAGCCCGGAGAAAUGCCUCGGCUUCGGAUGAAGAUGAGCGCAUGUCCGUGGGGAGCCGUGGAAGCCUCCGGGCUGGAGUAGAGAAUGAGAGGACCAAAAGGAGGAGCUACUCCAAAGCAACCAAUGGUUAUGAGGAAGAUGUGUAUGGAUCAUCCCAGAGUAGAAAAUCUAGCAGGGCUUCGUACUACUCCGAUCUGGGCCCUCACAACAGUGGCUAUGCUUCCAUGUCCCAGCCUUCUUCCUACAAUGGAAACUGGCCCUCCUUGCUGUACAGCGAUGCUCAGCCCACCAGGAGCUCCCGGCCUUCGGAGUACAGCUGCUACCUGGGGUCGGGAUCCCGGGCGUCCUCGAGAGCCAGCUCCGCGCGAGCCAGUCCAGUGAUCGAGGAAAGGCCAGAAAAAGACUUUGAGAAGGGAGCUCGCUCUGUCUCAAGCUUAUCAGCAGCUACCUUAGCUUCUCUGGGUGGGACUUCGUCACGGAGAGGCAGCGGGGACACCUCCAUCUCAGCCGAUACAGAGGCAUCUAUUAGAGAGAUAAAGGACUCGCUAGCAGAAGUGGAAGAGAAAUACAAGAAGGCUAUGGUGUCAAACGCACAGCUGGACAAUGAGAAGACAAACUUCAUGUACCAAGUAGACACCCUGAAGGAUGCGCUGCUCGAGUUGGAAGAACAGCUGGCAGAAUCCAGGAGGCAAUAUGAAGAAAAAAGCAAAGAAUUUGAGAGGGAAAAGCAUGCUCACAGUAUAUUGCAGUUUCAGUUCAUGGAAAUGAAAGAAGCUUUGAAGCAAAGAGAAGAAAUGCUUGCAAAACAUGGAAUAAUCCCAGACUCUGAAGUAGCCACCAAUGGGGAGACAUCAGAUAUUCUCAAUAGCGAAGGACACCUGGAUUCUUCCAAAGCUGUCCAAGGCACAAAUCAGGCCCUGAAAACAUCAGGGGAUGGGACACUAGGCAAAGCCAAUGGAGUGGACAUGAAAAAUGAGAUUUUGGAGGAUGUGGGGAAAAGAGAAAUCUUGCAGAAUACUGAGCAGGAGGAGCACAAAGAGGAGUCUGAGGAGCAGGAAAUAAAGACAUUGCAUGCUGAGGAAAAUGCAAAGGCAGAACAAAUCAUUGAAGAAAAUGCUGCCAUGUCAACAGCGAUGUUAACAAACAGUAGGCGUACAGAACAAAUCCAAAGCCAUCCAGAACAGACUUCAGGGAAUGUUUCCUCAAAUGAUGAGAGUGAUGCAGAUGACUUGAGGAAGGAGGGGGAAUCGACAGGCAGUCACAUAGAAGCCCAACAGCCUGUUGGUGAGGAAGCUGAACACAGUGACUUAAAUCCAAGGAAAAAUGAGGAGCCAGAGGUGGGUGCACUGUCAGGUCAGGGUUUUGAGACUCCUCAGGAAGUGCCUAGUGAUCUAGGUGAAGAAUGUGAAUUAGAAAAAGCUGCAGCAGAGCAGAAGGGAGGGGAUUUGGAAGCUGGCAAUGCAGGGGCUGGUAAUGAAGCUGAUGUUAGGAGUAGCAGCAGUGAGCUGGUUUCUGAUCAGUCAGAGCUUCCCGAGGUUGCAGCAGUGGGUUCACUAAGCCAAGAGCCCAGUGUAGAGAAUCAGACCAAGGGCUUCCAGCACUUGGAAGAAAACACUGAUGAGAAAGUUAGGAAGGCCUUGGAAGAGUGUACUGAUGGGAGAACUGAUGGAAGUACUAUGGCCAAAGAAGAAAAUGAGAUGGGAGGCACAGCUCAAGGUCAGGCUAAGAAAACAGAGUCCAAGGGUAUGGAGGGGAAGGAGUUGUGUGAAAGUGGUGCCUCAGCAGCUGUGAGUGAAGGGGAAAAUGAAGAUCAGGCACAAAUUGGACCAAUUUCUUCAGAGGAUGGUCCCAUAGUAUCAUUAGAUGAAGGCAAAAUGCAAGGUAAGACAGAGCAUGAACAAGCUGUGAGCGAGAAGGAUGGACAGGAGGAAGUAUUGAUGAACAAAUUGGAAGUAUGUUCAGGCUUUGAAGGAAUAUUCAAGCAAGAGGGAAGCAGUGUAGACCCAAGUCCUUCAGAUGGUGACAGUGAAGAAGGAGAAGCAGAAAUACAGGAUGAGUCUAGGAAAAGAAAGGAAAAUAAAACUGAAAGGGUAGAUGAUUUAAAACCGAGCGUGGAAAUUGAAACAGCUCUGUCUGUUGAGGAAAGUACUUGUGGUGUGGUAGGAGAGAAGAGUAUUUCUUUAGAAGCUGAAGAUCACAACAUAGUUAAACAAGAGGAAAGCGAAUGUAGGCAGGAGUCAACCGAAGGUCUUUGUGUAACUACUGGAAACAAAGUUGAAGACGAAGCAUUGAAAGAAACCAACAAACAGCUGAAACUUGCAGAUGGUGGGUUUGCAUCCGAGCAGGAUGCAGAUGUUUCUUUACAGGAAACUACCAAACCAUUACAGCACUUUAUCCAAGGCAGCUCCGAAGCCAAAGAUCAAACUCCAGAUUUAGAAAAUGUACAUGAGUGUACAGAGAGGGAGCAAGAUAAUCAGAAGGUUCAAGGGAGUGAAGAGGACAAAAAUCAGGGAAUAGAAGAGCAGGGUGAGGCAAAGGAAGCUUUAGCAGAGGCCAAGGUAGAGACUCUUCCACAGAGAACUGAGCUGGAUGAAAAUGUUAAAUUGGAGAGUCAAGCAGAGGAAGGGGUGGAAAAUGAUAGUGAUGAUUUCGAGGAAUCAAAACAGAUACUGGAAACAGAUGAAAAAUGUGGUAGAGAGAAAGCUGAUACCCAGCAAGGAGGAGGAGCUGGAGCACAUGGUGUGAUUGAGGAAGUUGCCUCAUGUGGUGAAACUGGAGAAUGCCAGGACAACGUAGACGUUGAAAACACAUUGACUGAAGAUGACAGCCUGCAGCAAAAAGAAGAGGGUGAGACAGAAGAAACAAGGCCUUUGGAAGGGAAAGGAUCUUCUCCGAAAGCUGAUGAGAAGGCUGAUGCGUUGGAGGUCAGCAGCGAAGCAUCAGACUCCAACGAUCUGGAAAAAACAGCAGACAAAAAUGUUUCGCAACAGGAUUUGGAAGGUGGUGGCAAUGACAGAGAUGAAGGCAAAGAGGAUUCACCAGGUGGUAGGAAGGGUAAGGGCAAGUCCAAAGAUGACUGCAUCAUAUCCUGAGUUUCGGGUCUCAGGUGAAGGUAGCUACGUGCCGUUGGUCCAGCUUCAGCACAGAAGCACGCACUUUGCACAAUAAAUCAGACUUUAGGAAUACGCUAAGCGCUCUUUAUCUGUAGGUAAAGCUCACCUAAGAAAGGUCGGGUUACAUAAGCGGCAAGGACACAUGUUUUAACUUAUUUCCUGCCGUAGUUGGCCACCGAAAAUCACAUGUGUAGGGUUGAGUUUGCUCUCAUAGAUUAAAUGUUUAUCACAGCAAGAGUGAGCUUCACAAAUGGAUUAUUCGCACUGUCCUGCAAGUACUCCUAGUGUGGAUAACUGCUACUGAGAACCUUGCAUAUAAAACUCCUACUUUCUGACCUAGAAUUAAGGUAGAUGUCUCGAAUGUAUUGUGCACGUUAGAUCUGCAGUAAGUGCCAGUAAUGCCUCGUGAAGGAACUCAGAACUGUUGCAACACUGUGAUCUAAUGUUGAAACUUAGUUAUGAUUGUUUAAAGCCAAGGAACCAAUAUUUUUAGCUAUGCAAAAAGAUGAAUCUCAUUCCGUUUUGUUAUGUGUCCGAUAAGGACAUAGUCCAGAAUGCAGUAUACCAGAAGAGCUGCCAAAACAUAGUUAGGUCACUGUGAAACUGCUUAGUCUGCACACUUUGAAGGAACAAUUUACAUUUUGGAAAAUUUGCAACGUACAGGUCUUAGUCUACUGAAAGGAAUAAAUAUAUAAUGUUUACUUAAUUUAGGCA